UUCCUUUGACGAGUUCCUAGAUUUCACCAGCGGGUAUCAGGACCCGCUCUUUGACAUUUCGCAAUGCAGUAUACCUCAGCAAACAUGCAGUUCUUCCCAAGCCUACGCGUCGUCGCUUUCUUCUCACCGCGACAACUGGGAAAAUCUACCAAGCCACCAUGGACAGCCACCUAUUAGUUGGGACGAGAACUUAAGCUUUACCACUGCCGAUUCUAGCAGUGCACUUCUUGAUACCUCACUUCCCUUGGCUUCCACUUCCUCGUUCUCCACUUUGACUACUACCGACGACACUAUCUACGACGCUACGAACUGGAACUCUCUUUCUCUAACUUCUGCUGGCACUGAGCAGUUUUCUGGCAAUGCUCUUCAACAGGGCCUCAUUUCUGGAGAUAGUCUACUUGUCAUGACCACCGAAGAGCAAAUCAAACUCCUAACUAUGGCACCUGCUACACAAACAUCAUUCGGCACGAGCAUGUCUACCCCGAUGGAGCCCAGUAAGAAGCCUAUCACCGCGCGCUGUCAAUUCAUACUUACGAAAGCAGAUCGUUCUCAGUCCGGUUCCUCAUCGACAAGUCUCCACAACCGGAACUCUUACUCACCAGAACAAUCUCCGCACACUAGAUUGUCAACUUCAACUAAGAGCAGUCCUUCGACUGAACCUCCCUCUAAGAUCGAGAAGCGUAAAGCCAACACCCUUGCGGCUCGCCGGUACCGGCAAAAGCGCGUUGACCAGAUGUCUGGUCUUGAGGCUGAGCUUAAGGAAGUCAAGGCCGAACGUGACGAAUGGAAGGUCCGCUGUGCUAAGCUUGAGGGCGAGGUCGAGGCUCUUCGUGCGCUCCUCCGCUCGCAGAAGUAA